AUGGAGCGGGCCAGGAACUGCAUACUCCUGAGACAGACUACACACAACCACGUACCAGAGGUGCAAGUCCAAGGCAAAUGUAGGACAGCGUCCUUAAGCAACCAAGAAUGUCAACUGUUCCUGAGACAAUCUCAGCAGCAGCAAGUACCUGUGGUGGAGUUCCAGGUGGAACUGAGACAGGCAUUUUUAGCUGAGAUACCAAAAAUCUGUGGCUUCUUCACACAACAGGUUACUUUUCCCAUUUAUUAUGAAAAAGGCAAAAAGCUGAAGAAAAAAGUUAAGUUUUUAAAAGGAUGCCGAUUUUAUCUAGACACUAAAUCAUUGCAGAGAUAA